AUGGCCAGCGAUGGUGGCGUUUCUUGUCUACGGAGGCCGGAGAUGAUAAACGUCGGCGGCAUCGGAGGAAUGGAAUCUCCUCCUUUGGAUGUAGAUGAAGUUCAUGUCCUAGCCGUCGACGACAGCCUCGUUGAUCGGAUUUUCAUUGAGAGAUUGCUUCGUAUUACCUCCUGCAAAGUCACGGCUGUAGAUAGCGGAUGGCGUGCUCUGGAGUUUCUAGGGAUAGAUAACGAGAAAGCUUCUGCCGAACUCGAUGAAUCGUCGAGUUUCCGACAAGUUCCGGUUGUAAUAAUGUCAUCCGAGAAUGUAAUAACUAGAAUCGACAGAUGUCUUGAGGAAGGUGCGGAGGAUUUUUUACUGAAACCGGUGAAACUCGCCGACGUGAAACGCCUCAGAAACUAUUUAUCCAGAGACGUUAAACUAUCAAACGGAAACAAACGGAAGCUUCCAGAAGAUUCUGUUUCCGUUAACACUUCUCCGCCGUUGACUCUCUCGCCUGAUUCCUCCGACUCCUCUCCGCCGCCGUUGCUUCUCUCGUCUGAUUCGUCGGACGCUUCUUCUCCGCCGUUAUCUCCCGUGGAGAGCUUGUCCUCGCCGCUCUCAUUCCCAUUAGACGAUGAAGAUGACGAUGUGUCGACUGAGUCUUCGCCGACGCCGGAGGAAUCGCCGGUUCGACGGCAGAAGAUGAGGAGUCCCAGUUUGGAUUAG